AAAGGGAGAUGGUCUCCAUGUGAUCCUAGGAAGAGAGGAUGCAUAAGUCCUCGGUAAGAAUUGAUUCUCUGGGUACAGUCUGCCAAGGCUGGAGAGAAGCCUGUGCCUGCAGCUGACUGGCUCCAGGAACGAUGCGAAUCCCACCAUUCCUACCUCUCCCCAUGGAGAGCAACUGGGCUGCCUAUUCACUCUCACAGACUUUGUGCCAGAUGCUACUGUGGACAGCUGUGUUAAAUCUUGUUGCUGGGACACAUGGCGAUCUCCCAAAGGCUGUGGUGAAACUUGAGCCCCCAUGGAUCCAGGUGCUGAGGGAAGACAGUGUGACACUGAAGUGUGAAGGGACCCACACACCUGGGAACUCUUCCACCCAGUGGCUCCACAAUGGGAGAUCCAUCUGGAGCCAGAUCCAGCCCAACUACACGUUUAAAGCCUCAAGCAAUGACAGUGGAGAAUAUCAGUGUCAAAUGGGGCAGACCAGCCUCAGCGACCCUGUACAACUGGGAGUGAUUUCCGACUGGCUGCUGCUCCAGACCCCUCAACUGGUGUUUGAGGAAGGGGAGACCAUCAAGCUGAGGUGCCACAGCUGGAAGAACAUAGCCAUGAGCAAGGUCGUAUUCUACCAGAAUGGAAAAUCUGUAAAAUAUCAACAUUCCGUUGGCAGCUUCUCCAUCUCCAAAGCAAAUCACAGCCACAGUGGUGAAUAUUACUGCACAGCGCGUCUAGGAAAGUCACACUACACAUCAAAGCCUGUGACCAUCACUGUCCAAGAACCCAGAUCCAGCAGGUCUUUACCGGUAUUGACAAUUGUGGCUGCUGUCACCGGAAUUGCUGUAGCUGUCAUUGUUAUUAUUCUAGUAUCUUUGAUCUAUCUCAAGCGAAAACAGGCUCCAGCUCUCCCAGGAAACCCUGAUCACAGGGAAAAGGGAGAUACCCUUCCCAAGGAACUAGGUGAGUACAGCGUUCCCUCCGGGGACUCAGUGCCGGUCAGCCCAGGGCCCCCAUGUGGACUGGAGCCAGCAAGCAGCAGCUCUUACAACCCUCCUGAUCUUGAAGAAGCUGCCAAAACCGAGGUUGAGAAUACAAUCACCUAUUCGCUUCUCAAGCAUCCUGAAGCUCCAGAUGAAGAUGCAGAGCCUGAUUACCAGAACCGCAUUUAAUCUCCCUUGUCUAGACUUGGGAUUGGGAAAAGCAAACAGGAAGGCCAGGAUCUAUGGUCUCCUGGUCAAGGGGAUGGUGCAGAUAUUAAGGAGGCCGUGCACAGUCACCUAUAUGCGUCCCCAAACCAACAGACACUACGGUACUGGUCCCCAGUGGUUGACUGGACUAAUAACUUGUAUGACUUACCGCUUCCCAACUCAAGACUCUUCUGCUAUAGAUUCACACAGCCAAUAAAAUUAAUCAACUUACUGUCAUUAACAGAUUGCAGCAACAUGGGAACAACUUAUGCUACAGGCUACAUGAGAACAAUUAUGUUAGGAUACAUGAUCUCAGAGAUGAUAAAAUGGACUUGUACCAACAUGUUAAAAGUCAUGCUUCAGGGUGAUGGAAUUAUAAGGGAUUUUAAUCUUCUUCCUUCUUUUUCUAUAAAGGUCACCUAUUACUUUUAUAGUAAAAUGUUGUAAAAAUAACAUUGUAUUUACUUUUUCAAGGCUGAGGUGAUUGGAGUGUAGACUGAGCUCUCUUAAGUUUGAUGCUCUUCUGUGAGAAGAAUCUUGGGGAGAUGCGCUAGUUUUUCCUGGGGAGACAAGCAUCUCAGGCAGGGCACUCAUGACAAAUAAUGGUUAUACCUAAGUCUAGUUUGGUGAGUUUAUUGGGCUUAUUUAUGGGAACAUGGGUGAGGGGUUCCUUACAGAGGUAUGGGUACUUCCUUGCAGGGGUGUGAAUGUCUUUAAAACAGCAGUCUUAGCACAGAUGACAACUUCUUUAUAGUUGCAUAGCUGGUGCCUCGACCCCCUUCAGUUAGUCGAUCUUCCUCAAACUGUCAAUCCUUCUGCCUCUGCCUUCAGAGCUCCACAAUGACAAGAACGCACUAUCCACCACACCUGGCCUGGUAGUAAUGGAUAGGAGGGAGGGGACGAUAGACGGUGAUUUGGAGGAGUAGAGGACCAGGGCUUCUCUGCUUCAACCUGACAGCUCUUCCAGGGAUCGAGUCUUCCUGUUUCCUCCCCUUCUUCUCUUUUCUCCCGUGACAAGCAGAAUGAUCAUUCCGUUUUGUAGCAUGAGUUCUCAGGAAGCCAAUCUUCAGGUGAAUGCCCAUGGGAACCAGAGGAUGACCUUGAACUCCUGAUUCUCCUGCUUCCACCUCCUAACUGCUGGGAUGAUAGGCAUGUGCCACCACACAAAGCUGGCAUAUAUGUAUUUUUUUAAUUGAUCACAUUAUAUAUUUUUAUAUGUUCACAAAAUCACUCAGGUAGAAAUUUAAGCUUGCUGUAACCACGUAAGUUCAGAGUACAGAGGUAUAAGGCAGAAGUUCUCUGUUGUCCUCAUUCCCCUUAAAUUUGUUCUUUCUCUCUCUCGCUCUUGAAUAACCACUGUUGUAGGUUUGGUGUACAUUUGGAUUUUUGUAUGGAUAUUUAACAUAGUUUUUGGAAAGCCUAUGUAUGGCACCAUACUUUACACAUGAUUAUAUUGUUCACUGCUUUGUUCAACAAGAUGACUGGUGAUUGCUAGAUGUUGGCCUGGCUCAAGUUUCAUCGAGAGUCGCUGUCUCAAAGGACUAAGAGAGAAAGAGAAGAACACCCCAUGUUUUCCUUUGACAUCUGCACACCCGUUUAUAGGCACAUUUCCCAUGUGUGUGCAUCCAACAGACACACAAAUAAAAUAGACAAUAACCCUCUCUCCAGAAUUUCCGCUUUGAAAUUCCUGAUAACCAAGACACGUUGCAUGGAUCUUAGUGGUUCAGUCCAAAUACAUGAACAAACAAGGUUGUUUGACACCAGGGAGAAUGCAUCUACAAGUCUUGUAUUCCUAAUGUAUACCCUUAAGUAAAAGCCUUACAUGCCCCUUGAAUCUAGUGAGUUCUUUCUCAUAUCCUCUUUAGCAAGGCCUCUCCUGACCACUGAUAUUACUUCAUUCUUAUUUUCUCCGUGUUACAGUGUGGGUAAUUAUGUAUCUUCUUGUUUAUAUAUUCUCAUGUAAACUAAAAUGUAAGCUCAAUACAGUCCUCUUUUCACUAAUUAUUCACUAAUGCAUUCCAGAGACCAGAACAAUGCAAUAUAUUGUUGAAUGAAUUAAUAAAUAAA